AUGUCGUCUGAGAAUGCACCUUCUUCGAACACAUCCCUUUGUGUCCAAACAUCCCCUCAUGCUAGGGCGAAGCGCAAGAUUGCCGCCCUCAUGGAGGAGGUCGAAAUUUUGAAGCAAGAUAAAGCGACAAAGCAAAGGAAGAUGACCUAUUAUGUUUCACAGGGACGAGCGAUUCGCCAGAUGGUGGUCCUUUACACUCCCAUAGAGGAUCUCAUUGCCGAAAAUGACCGGCGUUGUGAAGAAAACGCAGACAGCGACACCACUCCGGAGAACAGCCAAAACCGCCUCCAACAUGGCUAUAUUGAAUUCAUUAAAGUAUUGCCAUGGCUUCAUAAAAAAUUGUCAUGUCUUGACCACGAAGAGUUGGAAGACAUGCUCAGAAAGCUCAAGCGGGGCGCGGAUUCAGCUCGUGGUGACGACACCGGAACUCUCAAAGAGCUCAUGGCGUCAUGGGUAAAUAUUGAGUGUAAUGCGACUCCCCUCAUUAGAGCGGAUGACAAACAUCAUUGGGGUUUUGUGCACGAUGCAUGCGGUCAAUUACUUUGCCCAGCGGAAUGGCGCUGGGGAGAUCCGAUCAUCAGGGCUGGCAUUUGCGACUGUACAAUUUCCUUCAUCGUGUCUGAGAAUUCAUGGCCGGCAUUCAUGUACGAAGACUACCAAGCUGACACCAAGAAUCUCGAACGUGGUCUCUUCAAGUCGAAGCUGUUGGUUAUGGGGUUCAAAGCUAUCUUUACCUCUCCGUCCUCUGCCAACGAAGUGGAUGGCGACGGCGAUGGCACCAAUAUCAUCGAGAACGACUGUCGUGCCAGGAGACGAUCAGAUCAGGCUAAAGUGAAAAUGUAUGAGGAAAGUCACUCCUCGUGCGAUCGCUUAUGCAACUUGCCAAGUAAUCAUCAAUGCUCAUCCCUGACUAUCCGUUUUGCACUCUCUAAUAUCACAUCUUGGUGCGCUGUAGACGGUGAUUUUGAUUAUCAAAUUUUCUGGGACAACAUCGUGGAUUUCUUUGAGGACGCCCCGGGUCCGGCGGCACGAGCCAGAGUUAGAGAGCUCCUUGAAUGGUGGACUAGAAAAGUUUUCGGCAGAAAUCAUCGGGAAGACUUGACGAUGGACGUUGUUUCCCGGAUGUCUGUGAGCGCACUUGCUGCGCAGAGACAAGAGAUGGAAGACGCCGUGUUUGACUCCGAAUAG